ACAUGUUCUAGUAGAAAGACAAAAUACAAGUAUGAACCUGAAAAUGAGCAUAAUAUGGGACCUUUAAUAACAUAAGUUUUUUUCUUUUUUCUUUUUUUUAGCUUGUUUUUAACUAUGUGACUGCCAUAAAUUGCAGCUAACUGUUGUUGUACAUUGGAAAGUAACCUGUUAGUCAUAAAUCUUAUUAUGAUCCCAAAAGGCCCGGCAGUGUAAUUACAAGUGGCUUCAUUCUCCUGAGAGAGACAGACCUCAUCUGUUUGAACUGCAUGAAUAUGACCAGACUGUCACUCACUAUAUUCAGAGUCAAUUGGAUUUAACAGAAGAAACCAGCAGUGAAGACAGAAAAGUCCUUGUUGUGUCCGUGCACAUCACAGCUCAGUCUGACAGUGUCCUCUUUUGUGUUUCUGACACAGAGCGAGAACCACUGGACAUUUCUGCUCAACAAAGACUCAUAGAAAAUGUCUUGAUCAAAACCAAAGCAUGCCUCUCUGCCAGGCCUUUUUAUUUUUUAACAAGUGGAAAAAGAGCUUGAAAGAUAUUCAGUGUGUCUCCAUUCACUCGGAGCUGCGAACCCUGAAGGCUUUGGAUCAUUACAGAAAUGACAUCUAAUAAUCCCCUUUGUCUCUUCAUUCAUAUUUCCAGUGGGGAGUUGACAGAUACAGUUCUACAGCACGACAGCGUAGCAGCAUGAAACCAGCGGUCGUGAACUCUGCUGCAGCCAGAGAGGAGACUGACAGCUGCCCUCUUCCCCCAGGAUGGAGGAGCUACACAUCACCUGAGGGACUCCGGUACUAUGUCAACAGCUGCAGUAAAGAAACAACAUGGCGACGUCCCUCCUUGUCAGCCGAGGCCCCACAGAGACCGCUGGCACAACAGAACGCCUCACCAUAUGGCAACGGAUGCCACAGCAGCACAAAGACCAGUCAGCCUACGGAGGUCGCUGAUGUUGCUCUGAGGAAGCCCACCAUGAACAAACAGUUUCCCUCCCAAUCGUAAUUAGUCAUUUUAAAGAUCAUCAUUCAACCAUUUCCAUCAAACCAACCCCCACCUCCAGCACCAUCACCUCCACCACUGCUGCUCCCUCCUCCCACACUAUCUGCCUCUCUGGGGAGGGAGGUGUGGCAGGGAUCAUGUAAAUAAACCCCCCUCCUCUUCUUCCUCCUCCUCCUCUUACUAUUUCUUUCUUCAUGCUUUUGCUUCCCUUUACGCUCCAGC